AUGCCCCCUCCAAAGAAACCAAAAACUGGUCCGACCACAGCUGAACAGUUUCUCACUGAAGAGGAACUGAAGCGAUUUCAGGCAGAGUCCUCCCCUAUACAACAAAAACUUACCUCAGGAAAACGGGAAACUCUUGACAAUGAUGAGUCUCGGGAAGCGUUUGGUGCCGAUAGCAGUAGUGAAUUAGAACGGUUUGCCAGACGCAGCAGCAAAAGAUUCUGCGAUGAUGGAACAGUGCCACAGGCAGGGAGCUCUUCCGACACGACUGACUACAGUUUGGCGUCCACGGCCUUCGCCAGUGAGACAGACCCGACUGGUCGCAGUGACCUCGGGGGAAGUGGUAGUGGCACAUCCGCAACUAUGCCCAGUAGCGGACAGUCAUCAAGUGAUCAAAUUCAGGCAGGGCGGCCAAUGCCAUCCUCCCUACAGGAGUACUCGAUUCAUCAGUCAUCAGUUUCCAAGUACCAAAUCUUGCGUCGACUUUUUGCCCAUGCAAAAUCACCAAAGUCUACCUCAGAGACAUCCACUGCUGACCAGCCGUCUGGAUCAGGCGGUUGUGGCACAAUCAGCAGCUACAGCAUUGAUGACCCUCCUGAUCAAGCGGCAACCUCGACCACAUCUAUAGAUGUGGCUGAGGUACCAGUGACCAAUACAGGAGGCAACUCCACAAAGACUCUGACUUGUACAGACAUUGUCUCAUCGCAACGGGACGCCAACAUUUCUAAUAAGAGCAGUGCAGGGAUUUUACAAGGAGGCCGCAAGGUCUAUCUUUCAUCGUAUAUCAGUCAAACACCAAAGCCACCUCGCUUGACCGAAGAGCCGUCGGCCGGCUGCCAAAGUGUCCAGCGUCAACUGGCCGCCAGAUAUCUGCAGGAACAACCGUUUGACCUCACUCUCAAAUCAACAAGCACAGCCCCCACCCCACCCCAAACAAAUCCACCACCACCACCACCUCCUCCUCCUCCUCCUCCUCCACCACCCCCACGACAACAACAACAACAACAACAGCAAAAGAAAGUUAAAUUGGAGAGGGAACCUUAUGUGAUUACAACCAACCGGGUUGAGGGCAGCACCCGGACACAAGUAAGCCAAAUGCUCGUGAAACAUGAAGAAGUGAAACAAGAAGAAGAUGGUAGUCACCACAUAAUGUCCAUCCUUACAGGAAAAACAGACCGUGUCUCAGCUGAGUCCACUGCUGACUCUCUUAUUGUCUUCAAUGUUGGCAAAUCCAAAACUAGUGGGUGGAAAAAACCACUGAGCAAAGGAAAAUCAAUAGACAAGACAAUUUCUUUACUUGUUGGUCUUUUUUCUUUCUUUAUUUCAUUUUCUUUCUUUUCUCUGUUUGUCACUACCUUCUAUUUUUUGUUGAAUGUAUCCUAUUUGAUUCUAUUUUUCUUUUCCUCCUUUCUCUGUUAUGCUGCUUUUUUCCAUAUUUUCUUCAUUUUUUUGUCACUCACCCUCAUUUACUGUACCCUUUUUCAAUUACAUCCUUCCUUAUUUUCUUCCUCUCUCUCUUUAUAUUGCAACCACUCAUUUGUUGAAUUUUUUUACUUCUUCUGUGUAUUUUUCUUCCUCUUUCUCUCUUGUUUCUCCCUUAUUUUUACUUUCUAA